CGCGAACAAACAGCAAAGACAGAGAAUUUCCUUCAACAGAAGUAAAAGAUGCUCUCAAAUGCCUCGGACCCACACCUGAUGCAGACUGAACUGGUUUACUGAAACUCUGAUACAGUAGCAACUCAUCAAAACAGGCAGAAUGCGGGACAUGCUGGAGAGGUUGCAGACCAUUAGUGAAGAGCAUGAGGACUUGGAGUCAGAGUUUUAUGGACCUGAGUGUGACAUAGACAAGAUAACUUUGACCCAAGAGGCGGUGGUGUUUGAGAACUCCUCAGCCAUCGACAACAUCCUAAAAGAGGCCUAUGCCAUACGCAAGGAGAUUUCUUUGCUCCACUUAGAGGUGGAGCGCCUGGGUGUCCACAAUGAGCGCUUUCGCACCUCAAUGCGCCGCUUUACUCUACUCAAAAAGGACUCUGACUCCAUCGCCAGGGGGAUCCACCAGCGUGGGGAGGCUCUGUAUAGAUGCCUUCAGGCCCUGGGUAAUGAAAGCAGGCGGUUGGAGCAGAGUGAAGGCCCACACUCUGCUGUUAGUCGUGUUGCCAAAGUCCAGUACGACACAUUGAUCCUAGCCUUCCAUGACACCAUGAGUGAUUACAAUAAGGCUGAGGAGCUGCAGAGGAGCACAUGCAGAGGGCGAAUCCAGAGACAGGCCUCCAUCAUAGGGACUGAAAUCACAGACGAGCAGCUGGAUGUGCUGGUAGAUAAAGGAGGUGAAGGAUGGGCAGAGCUGUCCCAGAGCCUGCAGACAACAGGUGGGCGCACAUCUCGCUAUGCGCUCUGUGAGAUUAAAGGCAGACACAAGGAGCUGGUGGAGCUGGAGGCCAGGCUGAAGGAGGUCCAUGAACUGUUCCUGCACAUGGCUGUGUUGGUGGAAGACCAGGGGUUUGUGAUGAACAACAUUCAGGCUAAUAUCCGUAGCACUCAGGAAUAUGUUGAGAAAAUUAACGUCGACAUCAAGAGGGCAUUACAGUACAAGAGGAAAAAUCCCUUUGGUCAGUGCUGUCCCUGUCUACCAUGUUGGAAAUUCAACCAAACUUUUUAGCUUUUCUGGAGUUCAUUAUGUUUCAUAACUUUUACUUGUGUCAAAUGCUAAGAACAUCUUGAAGUAUAAUGUACUACACUCAGGUCAAGUAUUAACUUUAUCCUAACAUCCGUGAGCACAAAGUCUCAAAGUGUUUUCACAAAUAACCAUAUUUCUCUAAGUGAUACGUAAUACAAUAUACAGUUUUUGCACCUAAGAGUUGUAUGAUACACAGUAAUAUAGAUCUUUCUGUUAUUUGAACUGGAAAAUGAUCAGUUGCGGGUGUGUUUAGCAGAUGGUGUUUACAUGUAAAAAUAUGGUAAUUUAAUUUUUAUUAAACAUUCCAAGUACUCUGUGAUAUUAAAAACAAAUACUGCUUAAUGGAAUAAAUGAA